AUGACUAUCGAGCAGAUCUUGCACCUUCUCCCCAAUAUCGACAUCGUAUCCAUCCUCACCUCGAUUGAUCGGGCUCGUAUCGACCGCACAUUCAUCGUGAUCAUGAGUAGUGCCCUCAAACGAAAACGUGGCCCUAGCAGCGGCGAUAGUGGUCGUGGAUCAAACGCCAUCAACUCUUCGACGAAAGGUCUUGCAGGUCCUGAUUCCGGCAAUGUCCCACCUCCCGACACCGCCCUGCUUCGCGCGACUCUCGAAGCUUCGCUUGCUGAGCUUCGUACCUCAGCCUCUCGGAUCGAGCUGCUGCUACAUAGCCUACCAGUCCGACCGUCUGCUACCGCGCGAAGAGCACUGACCCCGGUACAAGCGCCGGCACAACCCACACUCUCGAGCCCCCCAUCGCUUCCUGCGAAAGCAGCAUCAUCAUCCGACAAGCAAUGUCCGUCAUGCCAGGAACUUCAGUCCCAGCUCACGACAUUGCUCGCGCAAGCAGAGCAGCACCAGGCCGAGCGCGAAGCUUGGAAAGCGUUCAAGAAUUGGUGGUUGGAUUCCCUUGCCAAGAGAGAACGGAGGAGUCGACGGGAGAAGAACGAGGGUCCGAGUCGGCGUGAACAAGUGGACAGUGACAAGGUCAAGAGAAGCAUGUUGAAGAGGCUGGACAAGGAGACGCACAAAGUGUGGGUCGAUGCAGGUAUCAUCAGUCGGGAAGAGGCGAGUGGCGCAUCUGGGGCAAGCGGGCUCGAAGGGACUGGGUCGAGUGCUUCAGCAGCGCAAGAGGAGCAGAGUGAAGUGACGCUACCGCUGCAGCCGACGAACAGGGCGCUUCCGAACCUGGCAGCCACCAGACAUCAAGCGAAGCAGGUCGUUCCCUCCGGUGAGAUCAAUGCUGGCGUCGAAAAUGGCGAUGAAGGCGCUGGUGCAAAAGGUGUGGCGCAAAGCAGUCGGACAGCACCGGACAAUACCACUCCAGGUCGCAAAUCUGUUCGCGGGCUCGCAGACCAAGCAUCCACCUCUACAAGCCGUUCCACCCCUCGGAACGCCGACCAUCGCGCAAGCGCCUCGCUAGCAGCGACCACCGUCGCCUCCCCUGCUCCUACCCGCAUCAACCCGACCACCACAACCUCCUCCACCACGGCGGCGUACAUCGACGACCAACCGAUCCGGAACCCGAUCCAUCGACGAACCCUUCUCGCCACCUCCUGUCCCGACUGCUCGCUCUUCUACUCGCACAUGAACCAACUCGAUCCAUCCAACCCACAGCAAGGUCGAGGUGGAGAGGGGGACGUCUCGCGCAUGGCCUGCAGUCGACAUCGAUCCACUUUUCGGCGUGCAUCUACUCCAGAUGGGUAUUGGAAUAUUGGCUUUCCUGACACGCAGGAGGCAGAGGAGAUCAAUAGGGCCGCGAGGGAGGGACGGCCACCACAGCAGGAGCGGUGA